UCGGUUGCACGAACGUUAGUUAAAUUAAAUGUAAGUUAAGCCUUUCAUUGUUAGUUAAAAAUUUAACUGUCAGUUACGUAACUAGCCAUUAAAAAUGGGUUGCACGAAACGUAAUUAAACGUUCAUUAGUUAACUAUGACUGAACUCAUCGACGUUAGUUAACAAGCAAUUCAAUACGUCUGCGCGUGCGUUUUCCUUACAACUGUAUGGAAUAUGGCUGCCAAACGAGAGAGAUGUGCUAACUGGAGUAUCGCAGAAAUUACCCUUUUGACGGAGUUUGUUGAAAAAAAUGAGGAAACUCUUAAAGCGAAACAAUGUAACCAAAUUACGAACGCAAAAAAAUGCUAUGUGGGCAGAGGUUACGGCUAUGAUUAAUGCCAUCGGUGUGCAAAAACGCACUGUAGAGCAAGUUAAAUUUAAGUGGGGUAAUUUGCAACAAAGAAAAGCUUUAGUGAAGCUAGAAAAAAAAGCAAAUUGACCGGAGGAGGUCCUCCACCAAAGCCGCUUACUGCCACUGAAGAGAAGAUCAUCGAGAUGAUGAAAGAUCUUCCAAAUUUCAGUGGCAUUGUAGGCGGCUUUGAGUCAUCUGUGCCGGCAUUUGCAGUGGUGUCAAAAGAAACUGAGCCAGAGGCAACAUCUACCUCCACCCAUGGUACCAAUGAAGAAGGAACGGAAGCAGAUGCAAACGAGGUCCGAAGUUCUGAGUGUACUUAUCCUGAUUGUGAAAGGUCGGAUAUGGAAAAGGAAACAGAGAUGGAAAGUUGCAGUGAACGUGAUCAGUCACCAUCGGUUCCCAAACAUAAGAUUAACAAGGAUGGCUUCAGAAUGGCAGACUUUUGA